CUCGGUGCCCCGGUUAAGCGAGGUUUGCACAUUCUAAACCAUUCCAUUUAUCCUAAGUGAACUCUCCAUUCACCCGAGGCACCGAGCCAUGCAAAACAAACUCAACCAAUAUUGUCCAAUCAGAAGUGUUGUUGGCGUUGGAAAGCGGAUGUACUUGCACUCGCACCACACAUUUUGGAAUCUGCUAGCUAGCUAGCUAGCUAGUUGGCUCCAUUCGUGGAGUCUGAGGAAUUCAUUUAUCUUCUGCCAAAGUGUGUCAUGUAAAGAUGGACUGAAGUUUGACAAGAUAUUACAUGUAGGCCUAUGAAACGCAGAUAGCUGAUCCCCCGCGGUUGUGCUUUCAAUUGUCUCUCUCAUGCUACUGUGCAGUCAGGCUUGAUGUCAAUUUCUGGGAAAGUAGCCUACUGUUACAGUGGAACAUUGUCUGAGUGUUGUAGCUAGCUAGAUAACUGUCUCAAUGAGGACAGUUGGAGCACUGCAGAGGUUUAGCAGAGUCCUUGUCUGCCCUUGUCCACCACCAUCAUCUGUUAGAUCAUGGAGCAUGGCACAGAUCAGGAGUUGCUCCAGGAGCUCAGCAGAGAAACCAAUGCCAAGAAACUCAAUGCUCAGACACCUAACCUCCAAGAUCAAAGCUACAGGUCCUAUCUCAGUGGCAGAGUACAUGAGAGAGGUUCUCACUAACCCAGUCACGGGCUAUUAUGUGCAGAAUGAUAUGCUUGGGCCAGAUGGAGAUUUCAUCACAUCGCCAGAAAUUAGUCAGAUCUUUGGGGAGCUGCUGGGGAUCUGGUGUUUAAGCGAGUGGAUGGGAGCAGGGAAGCCCAGUCACUUCCAGUUAGUGGAGUUUGGACCAGGAAGAGGCUCCUUGGCCAAUGACAUUCUCAGAGUCUUCAGUCAGCUGCGUGGGGCCCUGGGUGGGACUGCAGUCUCAGUGCACCUGGUGGAGGUGAGUUCUAAACUGAGCCAGGUCCAGGCCCAGGCUCUGACGAGGGACCAGAGCCAGGUGUCGGCCAGAGAGGAUGAGCCUGUGUACCGCCAGGGGACCACCACCACAGGCCUCCCCAUCUCCUGGUACCGCAACCUGGAUGACGUCCCCAGAGGCUUCAGCAUCUACCUUGCUCAUGAGUUCUUUGAUGCCUUACCCAUCCAUAAAUUCCAGUCACUGAUUGUGAUGUGGGCACAGAGAACAGAGAAGGGCUGGAGGGAGGUGAUGGUGGAUAUUGACCCAGAUGAGCCAGGCAAGCUGAGGUUUGUCAUAGUGCCAGCACCCACUCUGGCCUCUACCCAGCUCAUACAGGCAGAUGAAGUGAGACGGCUCGUGGAGGUCUGCCCGGAGGGAGGGAUCAUCAUCCAGCACCUGGCCAAUCGGAUUGCAGAGGACGGGGGCGCGGCACUGAUUGCAGACUACGGGCAUGGCGGGACCAAGACGGACACGUUCAGAGGUUUCAAAGAUCAUAAGCUCCAUGAUGUCCUAGCUUCCCCUGGCUCUGCUGACCUGACUGCUGACGUGGACUUCAGUUACCUGAGGAAGAUGGCUGGAGCUACGGUGGCCUGCAUGGGCCCUGUCUCUCAGAGAGACUUCCUGAAAAAUAUGGGCAUCGAUACACGCUUACAGGUUCUACUGAGGAACUGUGCAGACCCGUCUAUAAAGGCCCAGCUGAUCCAGAGCUAUGACAUGCUGACCAACCCCCAGAAGAUGGGUGAGAGGUUUCAGUUCUUCACCAUGCUCAACCACCGUCGCCUCACCAGACCCGAGCCUGAGCAGUCCGAGGGGGGGGAGAAGAAGGCCCCAGCGCCCCUGCCUGUGGCUGGCUUCAGUGAGCUUGGCCUCUCGUGAAAAGCGGAGCCAGAGACUCAUCAUGGGUUCCUCCAGAGACUGCACUGCAGAGGCUGUGAGUGUGAACUCACCUGUGAAGGCACUUAAAAGUCGCAUCCAUGAAUAUAGUACUAUACCUUGAUUAUAUAGACAAGACCUUCAUAAGCAGUAGGGUUUGGUUUGAAAAGUUGAGCUUAUGUGCUAAUAAAAUCCUAAGAAUUAUGCACAGAA